AUGGCGUUUUUCUCUGCCGUGCCUUUUCGUGUCGCCUGUGCGGCUGCUGCAGUCGCGCAGAGACGACGACCCGAGGUAGAUGAUGCAUUUGAAGAGUUGACGGAAGAGGAGUUCCGGCAGUAUUUUCGUCUGUCCAAACGAACAGUGCGUAGCCUGUGCGACGAGCUUCACCCUAUCAUUGGAUGCCAGCGAGCCAGUGGCCUUUCCACAGAAAGGAAAGUGUUGUGCGCGCUGCGAUUCUUCGGCACCGGAAGCUUCCAGAGGAGCGUUGGUCGCGAGGAACACGUAGGCAUGGCACAGUCGGCCGUGAGCAGCACCAUUCACGAGGUGACGGAGGCUAUCAUUUCCGUGUCUGCCCGGCGAAAGUUGGGACUCAGCCCGGCCGACACGGCGAGCUUCAUGUCGAGGAAGGGUUAUUACGCCCUAAACGUCAUGGUCGUGUGCAACGCGGAACUUCGCAUUCUUGUUGUGGACCCCCGGUUCCCUGGUUCGUGCCAUGACUCUUGA